GGAAAGAAACAGACGUCAUUAGAUCAAUAAUGUCUUCAAUGUUCAAUGUCAUUUAGAAUACUUGCUUGCCAUCUUGACAAUUUAUCUUAUCAGUAAUUUAAUAGAUUACUGUUCUUGGUUUAGAAUAGUUGGGUAUUUUCAUUGACCUGGGUAUUCCUUCGAUCCGGGAAAGGAUAUUUGAAGAAAAGUAUAUAUAUAAAUCCAAGUUUAACGCAAUGGCAAAAUUUUACAAAGUUUCUUUGGUUGUCUUUGCAAUCCAAAUGUCAAUCCAAUUUUCGACUUCGACGUCAGACAUUUAUCGUGGCGAUGAAGAUACAUUUUCUACUUCUACCGAUAUAUUUAAACAUGUACCUCAACAUUGUGUUCCUGGGAGCGAUUGUAGUUGUGCUUAUUUGGAAACAUUUACCUACAGCUACGACGAAAACAACCACGCGACAGGAAAAUGUGUGAAGGAUAAUGAAUUUAGGCGGCAGUUCGGUGAGUGUAGACUAUUAUAUCAUGCCAUUAAUGUCGAAAUAAAGUGUUGUUUUGGAAAGACAGGUAUACACCGUCUCUUUCCGAGGCAUCAUAUACACAUAUGGAGGAAUAUAAGAUUCCGAAUUUAACCUAUAGAUAUAUUCAAUCGUUUUUCUUAUGUGCAUGGUAACAUAUCCAUCUAAAGAUGGCUUUGAAACACUCUGUCAUUGCAAAAAAAUAUAUUUCAAAUAAAAUGUCGAGAUGUGACAUCGCAUGCACCUAUUCAUGUCUUGUAGUCAGAUUAUGUCAUGCGAUCAUGCAACCUGCGAUUUGGUGUGACUAAAAUAAUGGUGGCAUCAUCGCAUGCACUAUUCAUAUGGACUAUAUAUCUAAUUUACGCCGUGUAUGUUUUAAAUAGUACAUAAACACCUGGCCACGCAAAACUGGCAAAAGGGUGCAUACAAGCCAAGAUAGUUCGAAUUAUUAUCAAAAAUUUAAAAUUAAACCACGAAAUUUUGGUAUUAAGAUUCAGUGUUAAAUCUAGUAGAACCAAUGUCAGUUAUGGUUUUGUCUGCCUCGUCCCCAGGCGCUAUAAAACGAUUUCACAUACUAGUCACUAUAUAAAAGUUUUACAUGAAGUAGUGAGUCACAUUAUAGGCGCGCAAAGGGGGAUGGGAUACGAGCCCUUGUUCGUCGCGAUGCACUACUUCAUAUAAAGCUUUCAUAUGGUGACUCGCAUGAAAUCUUUUUUAUUAGCGCCUGGGGACGAAGCAGUGGUUUUGUUAAGUAUCAAUAGGUUCGACGGUUCCAUAAAGGCUGCACGACACUCGGCGAUGUCGAUUCUGUGACCGUCGGCGAGCAACGCAGUUGGCUUAGGAUAAAUGAAAACCGCCUAUCGUAAUUCAUCUGUUGCAGACAGUCGUGAUGAAUCGAACAAAUUUGUUUUGUUGCGACAUGCAGUGGGCGGUAUAGAUAUAAUAAAACGAAUUAAAACACUGUUCGCGAGUUGCCCAGUUCCUCUACAGUCUUGAAACUCUCCCGGCAUCACGAAAACAGUGAAGAUCGCCGCCGAUUAACUAGGCCUACGAUAGUAAAAAUCGCCUGCCUGCAUGCAAUGCUCGCUGAAAACCUCAGAAUAGAAAUCGGCGAGUGUCGCCUGGAAAUGAAAACCAGCAUUAACAUUAGUUCCACUAAACCAAUUUUAUAAUAAUCUCAGAUUAAAUUUUCGAUGCCCAAUGUGUAAAAAUCUGAAACAGAGCUAUUGCAUUUUAUCGGGACACCCUACAUACAAUAUAAUAACAUCAAGACGUUUUUUCUUCCAAAGGUUGCUCCUAUUUUAAACAUCCAACCAUUCCCGGUGAUCUCAUUUCAAUACAAAUUGUGAAAAAACCCGCAAUACUUAAAUUCAAUUUCUUUCCUGAAAGAUAUUGUAAAUGGCAGCGAAAGGGCACGUAUUACACGAUGAACGGAGACACUAAAGACUUGUUACCUGCAGAAAAUAAUCCUGGAAGUAUUACGAUUCAAAAAGACAGCAAAAACCAAGGAAACAUACUACAGGUGCUGUAAAUUGCCGUAUAACGUUAUAAUUGACGAAAACUUUGAAAGUUAUUUAGUAAAAGGCCCAUUAGAUGGGUGAUUUUAAUACAAUUUUAUCAAGCUCAGCUACUGUGAUGUGUUUAUCAAAAACGCUAAAGACCAUGAUUAGUUUACUUUAUCAAACGUAUUUAUCAAAAACUAUAUAAUUAUAAUCAAUGAAGGCUGGAAUACACUUUUGAUCUGUGGAAAACACAUGCACGUAUACUUAUUAUUGCAAACCUCUCUCUCGAUCUCCAUCGCAUUGCAUGGUAAUUGUUGUAUCAAUAAAAUUGUACCAAUAAACGGCCGGCAAUUAGCCAUUUCCCUAAUGUCUAUUCGCGCAAAUCCCAUGUUGGAGGGACAAGAAAUAUGGCAGCACACAUUUAAAUUAAAAGUUUAAUGUAAAAAGGAGAUAUUUCAUUUUUGGUCGUCUAAAAAGUUGAUAUUUGAUAUAGACACUUCUACUCUUUCACAUAUUUUAUGCCUGUCACCGUAUAUUUCCGCCAAACGAUCCCAGAAUGCACUGUGAUCUCAUUUGGGAAAGGGCCAAUUUGAAAUGUUGAAAAAUCAUAAUCCGGUGCAUAACUUGCAUAUACAACUAGUAUUAUUAUUAGCAUGACAAAAUUACUGGAAGCUGAUUGGUUGAGAGGAGUACAAUUAUUUCAUUAAUUGUACUGCAGUACAAUUAAUGAUUUCCCCAAAACAAACAAAAUGGUGGAAAGGUAUUUUGAACACAAAUGUGAAAUGAAAUUGCCCUUGAGGAACUAGAUGAAAAUACGAACAAAACCACCAAAUUUUGCUUUAACAAAAUAACUAAAUGAAAAUACAAACAAAAGUACCAAAUUUUGCUUUAACAAAAUAACUAAAUGAAUAUACAAACAAAAGUACCAAAUUUUGGUUGAAUGUCUGGGCUUUGGCGAGAGAAUAUGAUCUUGAAGUAUCCAAUUAUGUCAUGUGCUAAUAAUAAACAAGUAAUCAUGCGAUGUUGCUCGUACAAUUAGGGACGGCGGCUCGUCCAAUUUUCGCAAAAUUUCCAAACAUCACUCGUGCUAUUAAUCCCUAUAAUUGUACUCGCCAUCGCAUGAUUACCUAUACUAAUAUGGAGAGUUGUAAUACUAACUUAGUUAUACCUUUGUUUCUAUGCAUUGCGUAUUUUGCUGAAAAUAUAUAGACUAGAAAAAGUAAUUAGUUUCUAAUUGUAGAACACUUUCUCAUACGAGAAAUUACUAAAGAUUAAUGAAGUCCAAAUUUUUCUCCACAGAUCAACAAUCCUGGUGAGCUUCUCUCGACGUUUUCAGGAAUGUUGCUCAAGAUACAAAUUGAAUGUUUUAUAAGUGGUAAUAAACGUAAAGAAAAAUGUUUACUACUCAAAAUUGAAGGACAAAUAAACGUUAGUAUUAAAUUUACCUCCUCGAAGAAGGUAUUCAGGAAUUUAGAUUUUUACCUCUUCUGACUGUUUUUCAUUUACUUGUCUUUUUGUGUUUUUGUGCCCGUCCGUCAGUAUGUAAAGAUGUUUGUUCGUCGAUACAUUUUUUACUGUUUAACUAUGUAUAAAUGAUCUGGACCUGAGGAAGACCAAGUAAAAUAUUUAAUUACGUAAUUAUACUAUAUAUAGAUCACCGAAACUACAGUUUUAACCACACCGACUGGGGUAACAACAUUUCCAGAUUUCCCUACCAAUUCACCCACCACAAUUUCAUCAUCUUCGACAUCACAAAUGCCCUCAUCUACUUCAUUUUUGACGUCAUCAACCUUACCAUCCACGAGUCAAGUAUCAGAAAUGCCCGUAAAAUCACAAACCGAAGGUCCUACUACAAAUAUAUCCCCGGUUACCACAAAGGACCCAAAAUUACCCAUAUCGUCCACAUCAAUUCCGGCAGAUCCAGAAAACGGCGAACGUGAGGGUGAUGAGAAUGAUUCAAGUAGCCUGGUACCAAUUCUGGUUCCAGUUUUUCUUUUUUGUGUCUUGCUAGCUGUGCUCUGUGGAGUUUUCUUAUACUACAGACGACAAAGGUAAUGCAUGUCAAUUCGUUUCCUAUAUGUACAUUUAAGGUGCAGGGAUGAAUCGUGUCACGAGAAUUUUUUUUCUGACCGCAUAAAAGAUAGUUUGAAUAUACUUUAUACGGUUACUAGAAUCAAACUAAGCUAAUUCAACUUUGAAAUGUCAUUUUGGAUGUUUAUCAAAGCCAUGAUAAGAACUUUAUUAAACGAAUCAUCCCAGUUAACCAGGCCAGCCCGGCUCCACGUGAAAAGCCCUAAACUCAGAAAAUGAAGGGUUUGUAAUUUAAGUAUAUUCAAGUAAAAGUUUUCAGUUGCAACUGAUUAGUAUUUUAUUAAAAUGCGGCCACCGAAAUAUUGACCGGGAAUGUCUGCCCAGACAAAAGCCGCCGUUAGUUUAAAAUUAAAUUAACGACAAAAUAAAUAAACUUAGUCAAAACAAUGCAUGAUUGGAUGGCAUGGAGAUCAGUGGGAGUUUCAAAACUGUUCAAAACAAUGAAACGACAAUACAACAUUCCGAUCACCGAAUCGUGAAUAGAUUAGGCGCGUGUUAAAAGAUAUAUUCUUAUAAAUUGCCGUUUAAUCGCAAUUCCUAUAGAUUAAUGCAAGCUUUUUUCCACUUUUUAUACAGAUCUAAGUCAACGAAUAUUGAUAAAGACUUUUACGACGGUAAGCAGUGCCUUUGUUAUACUUGUGAAGCUUGUCCUUGGAGAAGAGUGAUUAUAUUAACUAAAAGAAAGGUCUUUAUACCAUAACAUACUCUCUGUAUUCUCUAGAAAACACUCUACCACAUCAUGCAGCUCUGACAAAAGUACCCCAAGGUUCUCCACCAUCCUACGCCGUGCCGGGUAGUCAAAUAAAUACAACACCUAUUAACGAUACUGUUUACGAAAACACAAACUUACCUCGUGAUCAAAACUUUCCGAACUAUUACGAGUUCGAAGACGACGACUACACGACAUAUAACGAUGCUAUUCCGACAAAUUCCGAAACAAAUCGAAACCCCGCUGACCAUACAUCGCCGGAGUCCUCACAUACCAAUCCAUCUUCAAAUAUUUAUCAAGAAAUUGAUUUCAACCAAUCUCCGGGACCAACAGUGAAUAGUAAGGAUAAUUUGGGAUAUACCGAUCAAUCCAAUGAAGAACCAUAUUACUUCUCACUGGAGGAUGGUACUUCAAAUGAGAACAUUUACGACAGAGUAACGGAAGAGCCACAGGAACAUGUUUAUAGUGUCUUAGAGAAACCUAACUAGGUUAUAUCGGUAUUGUGAGGUUAUCUCGGUAGCUACAGGAGUGACAAAGACGGCGGGAUAGAAUAGUUGAUACAGACGGCGGGAUAGAAACGUUGAUAAAAAAUAUUAUUAUUAAGACAAUGUAUUAUAUAGUUCCGUAUACUCAAAAUAUUUUCCCAAAGAGUCAGUAUGAACAUACUGUUAGAAUAAUUAUUUUGCUUUGAGGAAAACACCACAUUUAUAUAUUCAUUUGGCAAGCCUUCCGUCUAUAAGGCCCGGACCACAACAACAAAGCAAUUAUAUUAUAUUUACAUCGAAAUUAAACAGUACAAAGAAGCAGAAAGAACUUAGAAGCAGAAUGAUGUAUUUCUGGGUUAAACAAGCUUUCUGUAACAUAAAUAGAAUGGAGUUAAAAUCUAUAGGUAUAGCUUACUUCCGCGGAUCAAUUGAAGAGUAUAUACGACCUCUACUACUUUAACGCUGCAUCAAAUGCAUCAUUCUUCGAUAAAUUCAGUUUUAUUUAUCAAAGGAUACUUUAAUUCAUGAAUUGGACCGACUAAAAUCGAUGUUCAGAUUGGGGCUUCCAACUUUUCCAUUGUUAUCUAUUAUUAGCGCUCUUUUCUUCGUAUAUAGCUUCCUCCUUCUUUGAAGACGUCAUGAUUUUACGUCAUGAAAAAAGGCGUCAUGAUUUUAUGUCAGUGACUAUACUUUCCCACGCCUAUAUAUUACUGCUAAUUUGCCCAACUAUUAUCUCAGUGGGACUUCUUGCGGACCAAUCAGAAGUCACCAUUCCUAAGAUGUCCAUUUCAGAAAUAUAGUGCAUUCCUGGAAUCUGGAUGUUUUUAUGCACGUAAACACGAAACUUUUUGGGCGAAAGAAAGCAUCGGUAGCUUUAGUAUAAUAUCAUAAAAUAG